GGCGUCUCUCCUAGAUCUAUUCGCUCUCUCAUUAUUGCUUCUCAUCCUUACCCUUUGCGUCAAAGGCACGAGCACUCAUAUGUCUAUCCCUGUCUGGAUGUUAGGCUUGAUCUCAUACAGCCUUGGAACCGCUAUGACAUUGGCUACCAUAGCCUACAUGUUCUCCCAAUUCGACCGCAUGGGCGAAACGGUAGACCCGAGUCGCAUGAGGAUCUCUUCAGCUGUCGGACUCGUGCUCUGCAGCAUCAGCACCCUCCCGUGUAUCACCAUUUUCGCCUGGUCCUGGCUACAAUUAGCAGCAUCGCGGGAGGGUGUGACUGAUACACGCCGAUCCAGCCACUUCGAUGAAUUCCUGUCCAAGAGUCCGCUGAAGAUCAGGCUCAGUUCAUUGUCGACCCCGUCACUAUUUAGCCGGCGGGCCGCAUCGAUUCCUGCAGUAUCAUCAAUCACGGUGAGCGAGCCCAGCGAGGGUCGCGAGACUCGUGCAAUGAGCUCGAACGCGAAGCUUCCCUCGACAUCAACUUCCUGCGAUAACGAGGAAACUGUCUCAAUUUUCGAACAAGCCGAAGCUGUUCAGAGGGCCAACGAGUUUGCCACCUGGGAAGCAUCUGCUCCGUUUGAAGCGCCAGAUGCAACAUCAGGGCGUAAACUGUGCAGGCCGGCUCUCGAGACCAUUCCAGGAAGCCGACCAGUGUCGCCGUCUGACCCUCGCGAUGGGCCCUUCGAUGGUACGGUGAUAAUUUCUCCUGUCGAAGACGAAUCUCACCCUCUCGCAAGUCUGACUUCGGCUAUCGAGACAAACUCCACACGCCAGCUUUCUCGGUCAGCCAGCCCGUGGCAAUCAAUAUCUUCCUCCGACCAGGCCCACAUCCAUCCUCUAUUCCGCAGUGAAAGUCCUAUACCACCUCCUUUCACUUCACCUGGCACGAUCAUAACCGCAUCACCAUAUGCGGGACAGGUCAUUGGUCCUGACCACGCACUGGCGUCAAGAUUUCCGCGCUCGCCUCAUGGAAGCCGACCGGCAAGUCCUAACCCAAGUAUGAUUCCUAGUCGGCAGGGUAGUUCGAGCCGAAAUCUGUCAGUGGCUUCACUGUCGAUACCCACAGCUGCUCAGCCCAGCCGAUCUCUUACCGGUCUGUCAACCACCUCAACCCCGUCUGGUUAGACUUGAAAGGAUUACAAAAAAAAUUCUGCGGGACGGAAUCCCCUAAUGAGGCGCGUUGUCGCCAUCACCCAUCUCUGUUCUGAUGCGAACUCUCCUGGAAGGCACUGAUGCUGGCAUGAGUGUCAAGACUGUAUUGAGGAGAGGCAGGAGCCGUU